AUCACUCGCCUGGGACUGAUCCCGCACCCCGAGGGAGGAUUUUUCGUGGAAACGUAUCGCGCCGGGACGGAACCGAACGACGACGGGAAGCGAAAUCAGAUGACGAGCAUAUAUUACAUGCUCACGAGGGACAGCGAUCAUCAGUGGUGGGCGCUGAACGCGAGCGAUCACGUGCACUAUCAUCACGCGGGAGGCGCGGUGACGUAUCACUUGGUGUCGGCGGACGGCACGUACGAGCGACGGACGCUGGGAUCGGACGUGGAGAACGGCGAGACGCCGCAGUUGGUCGUCGCGGGCGGAACGUACAAGGCGGCGGUGUUAGAACCGGGCGCGGAGUUCGCGCUGAUCGGCGAGGGGGUGAGCCCGGGGUUUGAUUUUAGGGAUUUCGAA